AUGGAAGACCGUCCAUCAGGUCAAGCCAAAGCGCUCCAGGGAAGGUCGAUCACCGAUGCCCUUCAGAGUAAUAUCCCCGGCAGGAUCACUCGCAGUCAGCGUCAAGCGAUGGAUGAGUCGCCCGCCAAGAAUACCCGCAGUCAGCAUCCACUAGGAGCUGUUAAAGAUUUGAAGAAGCUUCCUGAUCCAAAGCGGAAACGUCAACCAGCACGUCCCGAGCCCGAUGGUGAAGACAGCUCUGGCGAAGACAAUCCACCACCUCGGAAGCGUGGACGUGGUACUCGGGACGAGUUGGUAGUGGCCUCGCCGAGGAAGAAGAAUGUGAGGGCCGAGGACUCGGAUGAUGGUGACAAGCCUCCCGCAAAGCGAAGAUGA